CCAAACCCUUGUCUUGCGUGGUCUAGGCUUAGCGAUCAGCUUACUACUUGGAACGCGUGGGGAUCACAGUCACUAUCAAUGGCUGGCAAUCAAUUCAAAGAGUAUACACCAGUAGUAGGCCGGAAAGAGUCCAAGCGCUGGGUUUCAGUGGGGGCCUCCUACGAUGGCGAUGGCUGGGGCGAUGAAUACGACGACGGGCUGGGCAGUGUGACUGAAGAACCAGCAGACUCGGAGUCUCACUCACCAAAGCAGAGUGAGGUGAAAGAAGAAGCGCUAGAGCAGCCACCAGCUACUGCGUCUCCGGCGACCAGUAGACCUUCAACACCUAUGUCUGCUCGGUUGGCCAACAAAGACACUCCGACAAUCCCGGAGGAGUCGGAAGAGCCGCCUCGUAACGACUUUUCCUCUAGGUCGGGUACGCCACUUUCAGAAGAAGGCUCUCUACCCAAGCCGCCGAGUGCUCAUGCGUCUAGGCAGUCGUCCUUGGCGUCUAGGCACUCCUCAAAGGCCAAACGCCAGUCGACUGUUACAAGAAGACCCGUGCCUACCGAAUCGCCUGUCUUCAAACUAUCAGAGCCGGAGCCAGUAGCCAAAAAGUCCACGGAACCCGAAUUGGGCCCGACACACGAGUCUGCUGAAUCUGGGUACGCUGACACUCCAGGGUCAGAUGACGAGCAGAGAGAGUCAGACGCUGGAGCACCUCAAUCUCGUAUAUACGAGGAUAUUUAUGAUUACUAUGGUACACGCCAAACGCACCCAUAUUCCCAACUAACUCGCGAGAGCGUCUACUAUUCCACCGACAGUGUGGGCAAUGCGAAGCCCCCCCUCCCAACAUCUGCAGACAAAGAUGCCGAGUCUGAGCGCUCUAGCAUUGAUGAGGCGAACGAAACGAUGACCGAUUCGGAGCCUCCUACUCCGGACGAGCAGGUUCGUCUCGAACAUGAAAUCAUGGACACAUUCACGUCCUCAGACAAACGUAGAUCGAUUGAUAAGGGUGCUCUUGGUGGCUACACACACUCGCGUAGCACCAGCGCAACGAGUCGGUCGUCAACUAUUGACGAAUCGCUGGAUGCCGAGAUUGCAGAGCUGUACGAAGGCACAACUGAGUUCCUCGAUAGACCAAUCUCUGUUUACCAGAAUGUCCAGCCCUUGCAUACUCGGAGUACUUCUGACACAUCCGAAAUUAAGGAUACCACUGAUGUAUCGACACCAAAGAUUGGUGAUACUGCGGCUUUUGCUGACAAUUUACCUACAGAACCUCUUGAGAGCGGUAUCAAUACUUUGGCCAUCAACACAGAACCCUCCGGGUUACCAAAGCUGAAUUUUAUUGCUGCCAGCCCAGUUACAGAAGAAGGCGAAAAGCCUCGUUGGCAGCCCAUCGAAGAUGAUGGAGAUGCUGAUGUUUCUUCAUCAACGGUUGUUGGUAAACAAGAUGACACAGAGGACAAUGAAGCUAAAGAUACAUCUGGCGAUAGAAGUCUUGUGAAAGAUCUGAGUCUCACAGGGAACAUGCUAGAGAAUAUGGAUCAAAGCCAUGACGGUGGCGAAGCAGAGAAAGUUACAACCAGAGGGACUUUCUCCUCCUCGUCAGAAGCUACACACCAUGCCCAUAAUGAUAGUAAUACAUCGGCACUAUCUAUGAUUUCCGACAACCACGACAUCGUGCCACCGGAAAUCCCACCCACUCUUUCUGAAGUGGAGACAGACGACCAGCGGGACCCCUCUCCUCCCAAUGUUCAACAAUUCACACAAAUUUCAGCCAAAGUCAAGCGACCUCCUCCUGUUGACUUCAGCGCUCUGCUGAGUGGCCCCACAUCCGAGGCUCGUCUCGCCCAGUUGGUCAAUUUCCGCCAGCGUGAAGCCGAGUACGAGUCGGGGCUUUCGGUCUGGCUGCAGGCCACGUACUCUGUGAUUGAGGGCAACACUGAGAUCUACACGACAGGAUUACCCCCCCGAGAAUGAAGGGCGCUCUGUCAGUAUGACUAGACAAAUGACGCACAUUUCAUCCGAACACCUUUCUUCAACCAAAGAGGCUCUUGAACACUUUGGCGAAAAGUCCACAAAGAAAGCACGCAGUUUGUUUGCAAAGGGUCG